AUGGCCACCAAAGGCUCGAUGGAAGCGUUCGACACCGCCAACCCCAGCGAGUGGGAAAGCUACGCCGACUGUGUCGCGUUCUUCCUGGACGCCAACGACGUCACGGACGCCAGCAAGAAGCGCUUGCUGUUCUUCAGCGUGUGUGGUCCGCGGACCUUCCAGCUUGCCCAGUCCUUGCUGGCCCCUGCGAAGCUGAGCGAUACGCCUUUCGACGACAUCAUGGCCGCACUGGGGAACCACUUCGCAACCCAGCCCACACAGCUCGCUCGCCGCCUGGCCUUCCUCCUACGGGACCAGGAGCCCGGUGAGUCCGUCACCUCGUACCUCUGCCAGACUUCCCGGUUCUGCACCUUCCCGGACCUCGACGGCACGCUGCGAGACUGGUUUGUCUUUGGCCUCCGAAGAGAGAAGGUGCGUUGCCGGCUUGUCGCCAAGAAGGAUGUCUCCCGGACGGCAGCCAUUGAGGAAGCCACAGCAGCAGAGGCCUCAACGGCUGAUAAAUGCGUCAGCAGUUGCUUUGGUCAUCCGUUCCAAGGCGGGUUCGUGGGCGCCUGGACGUUUUCCUUGCAAGCGGACCCGGUCAUGAGCUCCGGGGGCCGGGCCGGGCCGGGCGUUGCCUCCCUGCGCCACGUCUGCUGGCCCCGCAUCGAGAGCAAGAGCCGCCUGGACGCAGCGCAGGGUCUGUCUUUCCACCGGUGGUGUGCCCUGGUCCAAGCCUCCCUGGUGGCAGUGCCCGCCCUGAACUCCACUGCUGGGACCAAUCCUCUGCACGAUUACUCAGAAGUAAAUCCCACUGAGUGCUCAGGGGUUUCUUCCAAGGUGGCACACGGACUCCUGUGGGAAGCCCCCUCGGAGUCCAUGCCGCUUGCCUUCUAUGAAGACUGGGCGGGUGUCAUUCGUUCGUUCUCCUUGCAGGCAUCGGAAGACUGCUGGAGUGCCCACCCCGGAGCUACAGGACCCUCCGGCAAAGCCUUCCUGAGUCCCGCAUGGCUGGAUGUCAGUGGCUACCAAAGCAAAACCUGGAAGGUCAUCCUCUGCCACCUCCUAUCCCUGCUCACCUUGGGCAGCCUCCUGGUCAUCUUUCAUUGGAAGCCGCAUCUCAAAGUCCGAGCGCGAUGCAGUCGCUGCCCCCUGCGCCAGGCUGACUGGGUGGUCAUUACAGACCAGUUUGGCCAGUACUUCACCGCACGGGUGCAAACAGAACAAGUCGAAGGAGGCAGUCUCUCCCUCUGUCCUGCUGCUGGGAAGAGCAGCGUUGCUGUGGGGGUGGCCGAGGACCCUGAUGCCAGAGACACCAUACGGCUUCAUCAGGAGGAGGAGGAAGAGGAGAAGGAUGCCAUCCGCUUCUACCUCUUCGAAGGGCUGCGCUACAUCUGGAUUGAAAAAUGGGAAGCAUUCUGCCGAGUCAGCAAGUUAGAUGAAAACAGGACUUUUGCAGCCAUCCAUUCAUCCCGCUGCGGGCUGAGCGCCAAGGAACGGAGCACCAGGAGAAAAGUUUAUGGACCAAACCUGAUAGACGUAGCAGUCAAAUCUUAUCUCAGCCUGCUGAUAGCGGAGGUCUUGAAUCCAUUCUACAUCUUCCAAGUCUUCAGUAUGUCCUUGUGGAUCUGCGAGAGUUACUACUAUUAUGCUGCCUGCAUCUUUGUCAUAUCUGCUGUCUCAAUCGGAAUCUCUCUUUACGAGACCAGGAAGCAAAGUGAAACCCUGCAGAGCAUGGUGAAGAUGUCGAUCAGUGUGAGAGUCUGCACAGCCAACGGAGAGGAAACAACCAUGAACUCCAGUGAUCUUGUGCCGGGCGACUGCAUCGUGGUGCCUGCAGAUGGGAUGUUUGUUCCUUGUGACGUGGCACUGCUGAGUGGAGAAUGCAUGGUUAACGAAAGCCUGCUGACAGGAGAAAGCACCCCAGUGAUGAAGACCCCUUUGCCAGAAGGCCUGCUGGCCGCCAGCACCAUCUAUUCCCCGGAGGAGCAUAGGCGGCACACGCUCUUCUGUGGGACGCAGGUCCUCCAGGCCAGGUCCUAUGUGGGUGCCGAUGUCCUGGCCGUUGUGACUCGUACAGGCUUCUGCACAGCCAAAGGAGACCUCAUCAGUUCCAUCCUCUACCCCAAGCCUGUGAACUUUAAAUUUUAUAAGGAUGCAGUGAAGUUUGUCCUCUUCCUUGCAGUCCUGGCUGCCCUUGGGACCGCCUACAGCAUCUUCAUCUUAAUUCGAAAUCGGGUUCCUGCUUGGCAAAUUGUGCUCCGUGGCCUGGAUAUUGUGACGGUGGUUGUGCCCCCAGCCCUGCCUGCUGCAAUGACCGUGGGCACCAUUUAUGCCCAGAACCGGCUGAAGAAACACGGGAUCUUCUGCAUCAGCCCGCCCCAGAUCAACCUCUGUGGGAAGCUUCGCCUGAUCUGCUUUGACAAGACUGGAACCCUCACAGAGGAGGGCCUGGAUAUCUGGGGCGUCGUUCCCCGGGAGAACAGGUCUUUUCUGCCGAUUGUUCAUGAGGUGCGCUGCGUGGGUGACGGCCCGUUGCUCCGCUGCCUGGUGACCUGCCACACAGUCUCUCUGCUCAGAGAUCAGCCCGUUGGAGACCCUGUGGACCUCAAGAUGCUGGAAUCCACUGGAUGGACCCAGGAGACAGUGGAGGGAGCGGAGGCGGAGGCCCAGGUGCUUCAGCUUUUCGGGUCCAAGGCCCUGGUUGUGAUGAAGCCGCCGCCCCUGGCGGAUCAGCCUUCCAAUGCACAUAUGGCCCCCGUUGCAGUUCUCCGCCGCUUCCCAUUUGCCUCGUCCCUGCAGAGAAUGAGCGUUUUGGUGAAGCUACCUGGUGGCAGCCCCUCAGAGGCAUACAUGAAGGGGGCUCCAGAAAUGGUGGCCAGCCGUUGCAAGCAAGAGUCAGUUCCUGUGGACUUCUGUGAAAUGUUGCGUCAUUACACCAGCAACGGUUUCCGCGUGUUGGGGCUUUCCUACAAACCCUUGACUGCUAUCAGGACCUUUGAAGAAGCCCAGGCGGUGCCGAGGGACUCUGUGGAGGGUGGGAUGCUCUUCCUGGGCUUCCUCAUGAUGAAAAACGUCCUCAAGCCUGAAACUGCCCCAGUGAUCCACUUGCUACACAACGCGGAGAUCCGGACUGUCAUGGUCACAGGGGACAACAUGCUCACCGCGGUGAACGUGGCCAAGAGCUGCCGGAUGGUGGAGGCAGGAGAGCAGGUGGUCUUUGUGAAUGCCGUACCGCCCAGUGAUGGUCAGCCAUCUGCCCUCAAAUUUGUCCCGGCUGAGCCUCCCCCACAGCAACUGGAGGGUUCGUACCAGCAGGAGAGCUACUUCCUGGAGCGGCAUCCUUCUCACUUUGCCUUGAAUGGAAAAUCCUUUGCUGUGGUGUGUGAGCACUUCCCUGACCUCCUGCCAAAGAUACUGGUGCGAGCCACAAUUUUUGCCCGGAUGUCACCUGACCAGAAAACUCUCCUGAUUCGCUGUCUGCAAGACCUGAGCUACUGCGUGGGCAUGUGUGGGGACGGUGCCAAUGACUGUGGGGCCCUGAAGGCAGCCGACGUGGGGAUCUCGCUGUCGGAAGCAGAGGCUUCUGUGGCCUCGCCUUUCACAUCCAAAAUUGCCAGCAUCGAGAGUGUGCCCAUUGUCAUACGGGAGGGCCGAUGCUCUCUGGUCACCUCCUUUGUGGUCUUCAAAUACAUGGCCCUCUACAGCCUGGUGCAGUUUGUCUCCGUGCUCCUGCUCUAUACGAUUAACACCAACCUCAGUGACCUGCAGUUCUUCUUCUUCGACCUGGUGAUUACUACCACCGUGGCCGCUCUGAUGGGCAAGACGGCGCCAGCCCAGGAGCUGGGCCCCGAGCGCCCGCAAGGCACUCUGAUGAACCCCGUCGUCCUGGGCAGCCUCCUCCUCCAGACGGGGCUCUUCAUCGCCAUCCAGGUGGUGUGCUACUUCAUCACGGUCUCUCAGAGAUGGUACGUCCCAUUGAACAGCACCGUGACGGCCCCCGAGAACCUCCCCAAUUACGAAAACACAGUUGUGUUCUGCAUCUCUGGGUUCCAGUACCUCACCCUGGCCGUGGCCAUGUCCAAGGGCUACCCUUUCAGGAAACCGCUAUACAGCAACGUGUUCUUUUUCAUCGCCCUCCUUGUCCUGUUUGGCCUCAUGGUCUGGUUAACCCUUUACCCGCUGGGCUUCAUGAACCUGCUAUCUCUGAAGGGCAUCGCGGACAUGAAUUUCAAGCUGGCACUGCUCGGCCUGGCCACACUCCACUUCUUCAUGGCCUUUGUGUUGGAGACCUUUUUAGACCACGGCUUGUUGGGGGGCUUACGGAGGCUGCGCCGCAAGAAGGCCUCCAAGAAGAUCUUCAAGAGGCUGGAGAAUGAGCUCCGCCAGCAGCAGCCUUUGUGGCCCCCGCUCUAUGAGCCUCUCUUUGCCCCCGCGACCAGCUCCAUCGUUGCCAGGUGA